CCUAGCCGGAGCCCCAGACCAAACGUGCUAGUUACAUCCCCCCGGCAUAGAUCAGACGGAAUGACUUAAUAGACCAAACAUCUCCUAUUCCUUACCAUUGUGAAAACAAAACCCCCCCCCCCAACUACCAACAUAGUGCACCCACCCACCAUGGCCCCCACCGGCCCCUUCAAACUCGUCACAGUCAACACGGCGCCAGACCGCGCCCGACGGCUGAUCGGCCGGGUGGUCGCAGACGUCAAGGAGCAGUACACCAUCAUCCACGCCGCCAACGCCGCCAGCAUAGACGAGGUGCGCAAGACAGUGGAGGAAACCCAGCCGGACGUUUUGUUUACGGCAUCGAUGUGGACGCCUGAGGAGGCGCGGCAGAUUAUUGCUAUCGCCAAAGAGAUCGUGCCUGGCCUCAAGACCUUCUCGCUGCCGCAGGGGUUGCAGGUGAAUAAGGGCCCGGAUGCUGUGGUUGAAUACAUCAAGGAGCACUUGCCUGCGUUGUUGGGAUAGAGUUGGCAUUGAUAGAACGGAGGUCUUAGGAACGGGUCGAGUGGGGGGUUGCCGUUUUGAAGUUCAUAUGUCCGGCGUUGUUCCUUUAAAAGGCAUCAUCUAGAAACUACCAGGGCAAAAUACACUCCUCGCUCUUAGCGAGUUUCCGUUCAUUUCUCGUUCUGCAUCACAUUGUACAGGCUCCCGAUAUGCGGCUGGAUCUCGACCACAAACUCAUCCCCGUCGUGCAACAGCUCCUGCGG